CACCCUUGACACCAUGAGCUUCUACUACGGCAACUACUACGGAGGCCUGGGCUAUGACUGUGGAGGCUUCGGUAGCCUGGGCUAUGGCUGUGGAGGUUUUGGUGGCCUGGGCUGUGGCAGUGGCUGGGGAUGUGGCAGCUUCCCCACACUGGGCUGGGGCUGGGGAGCCCGAAGAUGUGGCUGCAGCCUCCCACUGUGCUAUGGAAGAUAUGGAUUCUCUACCUUCUACUAAAACUAUUGUUGAAACUGGAUACAAAGGGAAAGCCUCCACAUUUAUUUGGUCCUAUUUUUGUACUUCAAUUCCCAAAACAUCUAUCCUAUCUUCUCCAGGACAAAUCGGUAGCUAUUUAAUGGUUAAACUGCUUUACAAAUAUUUGGUGGUUUUACCCCCAGAGCCCAACAUAUUUUUUUUGAAGAUUUUAUUUAUUUAUUUGACACAGAGAGAGACAGAACAAGCUGCGGGAA